CAUGCGGCUAAUGGCUGGGGGAGCCCUGGUUUUCAGCCAGGCAGCCUGGAUCCAGAGCUGGGCCCCCCACCCCUCCCCGCUGCUCCUGGGGUUCUUCCCUGAGGGCCCUGCGCGUGGGCUGGAGGAGGGGGCAGGGUGCAGCCCCCGGGCCACCACGUGAUCUGGGUGGGCACCGGCCUUGACCGCGGCUGUUGGUCUCAGACUGGGGCCACUGUCCGCAGCCCUGCAGCCUCCCUGUGGGACCCAGUGCAGGGGAGAGGAGGGGCGGGGACCAGGGGCUCACGUGUGGGGCUCAGAGUGCGAGUUGGGAGGUGUUCCGUGAGUGGGCCUUGUGUUGGGGCAGCCUUAGCCAUUCUGGUCGCCAAGAGGUGAGCAGCAGGGGGUGAGGGGAGCCCCCUCCAGGGGACUGGGAUGAGGUAUACCUGAGAAUGACCUGUCCUAGGCUGUGGGCAGGGGCAGGGGCAGGCCAGGUGGGGUGGUGGGCUGGGACACGCCAGGCCCUUGCCCCCGGCCCCUGUUGGCAUUGCCCCUUCCCUGCUGCCCGGCCUGACUACAGCAGGGUGCAGGGAGCUAUAGCACCCGCUGCAACUGUGCUGGCCCAGACCUCCUGGUCCCCUGGCAGCCGCCCGAGCUGACCCUAGACGGGGAGGGGGCAGUGAAGGGUCAGCAGCCAUCACCAGCUGUUGGCAGCUCUGUCCUGCCCCAACCCGGCUGCCGCCCGAGGGCCCAGCCCCUCCCGCCCCAUCAGUUUGAACCUGAAGCUGGAGCUGCCAGCCACCUGUCACGGGCCCUCCUGGAGCCCUGGCUCCUGCAUCCCCACCCCCCACCCCCCAGCGGAUUCCCCUGCCCCUGGUCACCCCACCACCGCUGCUCCCUCACUCUCCAUCCUUCUCCCAGCUUCCCAGAAUCCGUGUUCCGACUCCUCCUCGGAGAGAGAGUGGGAUGAUGUCACUUCCUGAGGGUGGGGGGAGGAGUAGGCACGACCCCAGCAGGCUGGCCCGCCCCGCAGCUCGCCCAGAGUAGCCUGGUGGCGGCUGCACGAAGUGACUGUCCUGGGCAGAGGGAGGCAAGCUGGGCCAGACAUGCCGGCUGGCCCCCGGGCCCCACGUCCUCUUGUCCACCCCGGGAGCUGUGCCCAUCAGCCGAGGAAGACUUGGCCCCUUCCUUCCCCAAGUGAUGCUGGUCUCCGCGGACACACGUUUUCCCCGGAGCUGUCCCCCGUCCCCUGGGAGAGGAGGACCUGCUGCCUGCCCCUGGACCAGGAGGUGAGCGCCAGGCCCGCUGAGCCUCCGCAGAGCCGCCAGCCAUGCCCGGGAUCGUGGUGUUCCGGCGGCGCUGGUCUGUGGGCAGCGACGACCUUGUCCUGCCGGCCAUCUUUCUCUUCCUCCUGCACACCACCUGGUUCGUGAUCUUGUCCGUGGUGCUCUUUGGCCUGGUCUACAACCCCCACGAGGCCUGCUCCCUGAACCUGGUGGACCACGGCCGCGGCUACCUGGGUAUCCUGCUGAGCUGCAUGAUCGCCGAGAUGGCCAUCAUCUGGCUGAGCAUGCGUGGGGGCAUCCUCUACACAGAGCCCCGCGACUCCAUGCAGUACGUGCUCUACGUGCGCCUGGCCAGGCCUGCUCUCCUUGCAGCCAUCCUGGUGAUCGAGUUCAUCUACGCCAUCGUGGGCAUCGUCUGGCUCACUCAAUACUACACCUCCUGCCACGACCUCACUGCCAAGAACGUCACCCUCGGGAUGGUCGUCUGCAACUGGGUUGUCAUCCUCAGCGUCUGCAUCACCGUCCUCUGUGUCUUUGACCCCACGGGCCGCACCUUCGUCAAGCUGAGAGCCACCAAGAGGCGGCAGCGCAACUUGCGGACCUACAACCUGCGGCACCGCUUAGAGGAGGGUCAGGCCACCAGCUGGUCCCGCCGGCUCAAAGUGUUCCUCUGCUGCACGCGGACAAAGGACUCCCAGUCAGAUGCCUACUCAGAAAUCGCCUACCUCUUUGCCGAGUUUUUCCGGGACCUGGACAUCGUGCCGUCGGACAUCAUCGCUGGCCUGGUGCUGCUCCGGCAGCGGCAGCGGGCCAAGCGCAGUGCCGUGCUGGAUGAGGCAAACAACGACAUCCUGGCCUUCCUGUCUGGAAUGCCGGUGACCAGAAACACCAAAUAUCUGGACCUCAAGAACUCGCAAGAGAUGCUCCGCUACAAAGAGGUCUGCUACUACAUGCUCUUUGCCCUGGCCGCCUACGGGUGGCCCAUGUACCUGAUGCGGAAGCCCGCCUGCGGCCUCUGCCAGCUGGCACGGUCCUGCUCGUGCUGCCUGUGCCCGGCACGGCCCCGAUUCGCCCCUGGAGUCACCAUCGAGGAAGACAACUGCUGCGGCUGCAACGCCAUAGCCAUUCGGCGCCACUUCCUGGACGAGAACAUGACCGCGGUGGACAUUGUCUACACCUCCUGCCACGAUGCGGUCUACGAAACCCCCUUCUACGUGGCCGUGGACCAUGACAAGAAGAAGGUGGUGAUCAGCAUCCGGGGAACGCUGUCCCCCAAGGAUGCGCUGACUGACCUGACCGGCGAUGCUGAGCGCCUCCCCGUGGAGGGACACCACGGCACCUGGCUGGGACACAAGGGCAUGGUCCUCUCGGCUGAGUACAUCAAGAAGAAGCUGGAGCAGGAGAUGGUCCUGUCCCAGGCCUUUGGGCGAGACCUGGGCCGCGGAACCAAACACUACGGCCUGAUUGUGGUGGGCCACUCCCUGGGCGCGGGCACUGCUGCCAUCCUCUCCUUCCUCCUGCGCCCGCAGUACCCAACCCUCAAGUGCUUCGCUUACUCCCCGCCGGGGGGCCUGCUGAGUGAGGAUGCGAUGGAGUACUCUAAAGAAUUUGUGACGGCUGUGGUUCUGGGCAAAGACCUCGUCCCCAGGAUCGGCCUCUCCCAGCUGGAAGGCUUCCGCAGACAGCUCCUGGAUGUCCUGCAGCGGAGCACCAAGCCCAAAUGGCGAAUCAUCGUGGGGGCCACCAAGUGUAUCCCCAAGUCGGAGCUGCCUGAGGAGGUGGAGGUGACCACCCUGGCCAGCACGCGGCUCUGGACCCACCCCAGCGACCUGACCAUCGCCCUGUCAGCCAGCACCCCGCUGUACCCACCCGGCCGCAUCAUCCACGUGGUCCACAACCACCCCGCCGAGCAGUGCUGCUGCUGCGAGCAGGAGGAGCCCACGUACUUUGCCAUCUGGGGCGACAACAAGGCCUUCAACGAGGUGAUCAUCUCACCGGCCAUGCUGCACGAGCACCUCCCCUACGUGGUCAUGGAGGGGCUCAACAAGGUGCUGGAGAACUACAACAAGGGCAAAACCGCCCUGCUCUCUGCUGCCAAGGUCAUGGUGAGCCCCACCGAGGUGGACCUGACUCCCGAGCUCAUCUUCCAGCAGCAGCCACUGCCCACCGGGCCACCUAUGCCUGCCGGCCUGGCCGCGCAGCUCCCGAGCGCGGAACGCCGCAACAGCAGCGCCAGGAGCAAAUCCCAGUCUGAGAUGAGCCUGGAGGGCUUCUCAGAGGGGCGGCUGCUGUCUCCGGUGGCCGCGGCGGUGGCGGCCACCCGCCAGGACCCCGUGGAGCUGCUGCUGCUGUCCACCCAGGAGCGGCUGGCGGCGGAGCUGCAGGUGCGGCGGGCGCCACUGGCCACCAUGGAGAGCCUGUCGGACACGGAGUCGCUGUACAGCUUCGACUCGCGCCGCUCCUCGGGCUUCCGCAGCAUCCGCGGCUCGCCCAGCCUCCACGCCGUGCUGGAGCGCGACGAGGGCCACCUCUUCUACAUCGACCCCGCCAUCCCCGAGGAAAACCCGUCCCUGAGCUCGCGCACCGAGCUGCUGGCGGCCGACAGCCUGUCCAAGCACUCGCAGGACACGCAGCCCCUGGAGGCGGCCCUGGGCAGCGGGGGCGCCACCCCCGAGCGGCCCCCCAGCCUGGCGGCCAACGAGGAGGAGGAAGAGGCGGCGGGUGAGGGGGGCGGUGGGCCGGUCCCCUGCGCAGAGCUGGCCCUGCACAACGGGCGCCUGGGGGACUCGCCCAGCCCGCAGGUGCUGGAGUUCGCCGAGUUCAUCGACAGCCUCUUCAACCUGGACAGCAAGAGCAGCUCCUUCCAGGACCUGUACUGCAUGGUGGUGCCCGAGAGCCCCACCAGCGACUACGCCGAGGGCCCCAAGUCCCCCAGCCAGCGGGAGAUCCUGCUCCGCGCCCAGUUUGAGCCCAACCUGGUGCCCAAGCCCCCGCGGCUGUUCGCCGGCUCGGCCGACCCGUCCUCAGGCAUCUCGCUCUCGCCCUCUUUCCCGCUCAGCUCCUCGGGGGAGCUCAUGGACCUGUCGCCCCCCGGCCUCGGCAGCCAGGAGUGCCUGGCGGCCGACAAGAUCCGGACUUCCACCCCUGCCGGCCGCGGGGCCAGCCCCGCCAAGCAGGACGACCUGGUCAUCUCGGCCCGCUAGCGCUCCAGGGGCGCGGCCCGCCGAGGCCCAGGCCGGAACAGGAGGCCCCCAGGGGCCGGCCUAGCCCCAGGCCCGGGGCCUGGCUGCUGAGCUGGGGGUCCGCUUCCCUACCUCAGCUUAGGACCCCCAGAGCCAAGGUUGGGGAGGUGGGGGAGGAUCUAGGGCCUCCAGAUGGGCAGCGGUGGGAGCAGAGAGGAGGCUGCCGGGCAGACAGGGCAGCCCUCAGCCCUCUCAGCUGGAGCCCCCCCCAACGGGGGCAGCCUGGCACCCCCUAUUCUGGGACAGGCAGUGGGCAAGCUGACUCCCCGUCACUGCCCUCUGGCUGCUCUCCCAGGGCCAGAGGGAGAGGAGAGCAGCUCCUUCCCACGUGUCCUCAUCCGUGGUCCAAACUGCAUCAGCCCUGGCCACCCCCCCAGAUUUGGUGCCUGCUGGCCAGCCCCCUGGGGUGACCGCCCACCACGGUGGCCCACAGUGCUGUAUGUGUUUACAGAAGCUGCUGGGCUUGGCUCAGGAUUCGCCCUGGGCUUGCAAGCCCCCCACCCCGAUUCCCCCAAAAUCAUGUGUUCAGCAACUCCCCCAUCCCCUCUCCCCCCAGCAGGGCAGGAACCAGUCCCCACAGGGCCCAAGGGCAACCUGGAGCCUGGGGGGAUCUGGAGGAGGGGGUUCGGGGCCUCUCCUUCUCUGCCUCGAUGGGUCCUGGGCACCCAGGCAUGCCCAGCCUGCCUGCUGCUUCCCGGCUUACCUUCUGCUCCCAGGGAUUCUGGCACUUGCCAGGUGGAGAGCGCUGGAGGCACCCAGAGGACCCCUCCCCCAACCUUCGAUGUCACUCGCCCACGCCUAGGCAGCCCCAGGCGCUAGGAUCUGCAACCAAACAAGCCUCUGCCCCUGUCACCUCCACCUCCUGGCUGGCCUGGGCCCCAGCUUCCUUCCCUCCCACCCCCAGUACUGUUGUAGGAAGUUGGGCAUUGUGGGGCCUGGCCGGAGACCCUCUGCCCACUGCCCAGGCGAGGGGCCAGGAGGGCCAGGGGCUCGGAGGCUGGCCCUGUGCAGCCAGAAGCCUCCACAGCCCUCUCUCGAGGGGUUCCUUCCCUGCUUGGUUUGGAAAACAGUGGGAGGUAGACAUCUGGUCUCUCCCCAGAAGCAGGGAUGGGGACGGCGUGCAUGCGAGUGUCGGGCGUGUGUGUGCAUGUGCAUGAGUGUGCACCAUUCCUGAGGAAGGGGCUGCUGGGGGCCUACCCCGCCCAUCCACCUGCCUGCUGCCCCUCCCGGCCUGCCAAGGAAAGUCAGUGAGAGAACAUGACGGAAGCCAUGAGGCAGGGGCCAUGGGGAGGGGGACAAGCUCACUGUCACUCGUUCACCUUUCUUGCCUGCUGCUCUGACCUCUGAUUUGGAAAGCUGCCAUGUGCCAAGGUGUUGACCGCCUGCUUGUGCCUUCAUCCCCUCGAAGGCAUGGACCCCUCCUCUGCGCCCACCCACAGCCUCCCUGGUCCACUAGGCUCCCCAGACCAAGACCCACCCCCCCCCACCUCAUGAUCAUGGCAUCCGCGGGCCGGAACCCCAACCCUACCCCCUUUCCCCAACAUGCACGCAGCUGGGCUGCCCUCAGCACUCCUGCCCACCUGGGGAUAGAGACCUGGGUGCUGGGCCUCCCCUUGCUCUCCGUGCCCCCACCCCUCUCCAGUCUCCAGGGACACCUGCCCCCGGGGAGGGCCCCACUGAUGGCAUAGCCUCAGCCCAGCCCAGAAACAAGACAAAAUCAGUGGCUUUUAGAGUUUAGGAGAAAAGAGAAAAUCUUCAAUUAGAGUAUAAAGUCCCGACAAGCACCCUGGCCAAUAGCAGGGAGGGACCUGGUGUCCGGUCUUUUCAUUUCUCCUCUGCCAGGGUGGUUCCUGGGGCCUCUAGAGUGGGCGUGUAGCCCACCCACGCCCAGGACUGAGCCCUCAGGGACACAACCCCUUGCCCCCAAGGCUGCAGCCGCCCUGUGUUAGGGGCUGGGGACUGGGGCAGGCUCGGACUCAGCCCUGGAUGCCCCAGGGGCAGCAUCCCCCCCCCCACGUCCUCACCUGCCCCUCCCCAGCCCCCGAAGGAUGGGCCUGCUGCACGAUGCACCCUCUUCCCCACACCACACUGGGGGGUCUGAGCCACCCCCCUCAGCCCGGCUGUGCUCAGCCCGAGCCCAGCUGGCCUGUGCCCCCAGGGCCCGGACGACCUCCAUAUGCAAUGGGUAGCGGGGCGGCCGGGCCCCACCGGCCCCCAUGCACUCGUGACGUGCCAUUCUCCCGUGACUCUUUUUGUACUUUAAUGUAUGAAAGAUCCAAACUAAUAUUGCUGUAAAAAGGAGAGACAAAUUAAUAUAGCUUAUUCUAUAAAUACAUCUGUAUAUAAUGGUUUCUGUAUAUUGUAUA